CGGAAAGGGAGUUGUCGGACACAACUAACAUGGCGCCCUCGUUGGAAAGGUGUGCGGGGGAGAUGAAACGAUAAACAAACCUAUUCAGGAACAAGAGUGAUGGCUUAGCGGCCGUUUACCAGGUCCAACAUGGGGAAGGAGAGGAAGUGCAUUCUCUGUGACAUCGUCUAUAACUCCAAGCAGGAGAUGGAUGAGCACAUGAGGAGCAUGCUGCACCAUCGAGAGCUGGAGAACAUUAAAGGCCGGGACUGCGACCACGGGUGCCGCGUGUGCCGGGUGUCGGUGGCGGGCCUGACGGCCUACGCCGGCCACAUCUCCAGCCCCCUGCACAAGCAGCGCGUGGAGGAGGAGCAGGAGCGCGGCGGCGGGCCGGAGGAGGAGGAGUACUUCGACAAGGAGUUGGUGCAGCUCAUCGAGAAGCGCAAGGAGCAGAUCCGGAAAGAAGAAGAGGCGGCAGCUAAGCAGGCCCAGGAGGAGGAGCAGAGGAAGCUGCAGCAGCUCAAUGCAGAGAGGCAGUGGUUCCAGCAGGGGGCGCCCUGGGGCUGGCCCCCCCCGGGUUUCCCCUCGGCGCCGAGGGGCCCGGGCGGGGCCAACUGGCGGGGCGCGGGCGACAGGAGGAACUCCGCAAGAGGACACCAAGGCGGGGCGUGGCACCACCCCAGCGGGGGACCGAGAACCUGGAACCAAGGCAACCAGGACCAGAGCGCCCCCUGGCGAGCGGAGGUCCCGCCGCUCCUGCAGAACUGGGGCAGAGGAGGAUGGGGGGGCAAACGAGGGGGUUACCAGGGCUUCUCCUCCAAAAAGAAGGGCGGCGACGCCCUUUAUAGCGGGUUCUACUGGGACCCGAGCGCCACGCCCUACCUGGACGGGAUGGACUCGGCGCUGGCCAUGGACUUCACCAGCGACCAGCUGCCGCAGUCCGGCGCCCUCGAUUUCAGCAGGGCGCCCCACGGCUGCCCGGACGGGCCCCCGGGGUGGGAGGGGGGGCACCAGGCCCGCCGGGGGGCGCACCAGAGCAGGGAGACGCCCAACGGAGACCGCGGCAAAGCCAGCGGCUCCAAAGACCGGCUGUACCGCUGGUCCCCCUACCCCCCGGCCAAGCUCGGGGACGCGCCGGCCCAGAACGAGGAGGGCAGGAGCCCGGCGGCCACCUACGGGACCGUCCCGUCCGUGCAGGUUAAAGACCUGAAGCUGAAGUUUGACUUCGUGCUGGGCACCAUGCAGUCCCAGGACCCCCCCGGGAGGAGCCAGGCCCCCCCCAAGAGCAAGGAGGGGCCGGGGAAGAAGCAGCGGCAGCGGAAGGCGGGCCGCGUUGGCGGCGGCCGGCGGGACGACCAGAUCCAGGCCGCGCAGAAACCCCCCGCGCCCGCGGAGCCGGCCCCGGAGAAGGCCUCCUCCACCACCUCCAGGCCCGUCCCGUACCAGAAGCCCUCCAGGUGGGACUGCGAGUUCCCCGCUCCCGCUAAGCUCUUCCGCCGGCCUGGGCUGGACGCGGGGGCGCCGCCGGGCAGGAGGGGGUCGGCCGACACGUCUGCGGCGGGGGCUCGCACGGCGCCAAGAGAGGAGGAGGAGGAGGAGGAGGAGGGGCAGGAGGCGGAGAGCUCGGAGUGCAGGGCGGGACGAGACUGGAACGGGAGGCGCAGGAACAGCGGGGUGACCCUGCCCUCGUUCGGCAACCCCGGCGGCCCCAGGCGCAGCUCCUGCCCCCGGGACGAUUCGACGGGUUCCGGAGGCCCGCGCCCCGCCCAGGCCCUGUCCCUGCAGUCGGUGCAGGUGAGCACGUCCACCUGCGACACCCCCGAAAGGCCGGAGUCCCCGCCCCGGGCAGAGGAAGAGGAGGAGGAGGAGGUGGAGGAGGAGGCGGCCCGGGAGGGGAAGAGCGACAGGGAGCCGACGGCGCAGGCGACGGACGAGGGGCUGGGCUCGGACAGCGACGCGUCCCGCCCCGGCCCCGCCCAGCCCGCGGGGGUGCCCGACCUGAGCAAGCUGGGCCUCCCCGCCUCCCUCAAACGGGACCUGACCCGCCACAUGGGGCCCAAGGGCAAGGCCGGCGCCCACGAGCCCAACCUGAACAUCGCGCGGCGGAUCCGGAACCUGAGCGGGGCGCGCAAGGCCGAGGCCGAGAAGGACUCGGGGCUCAGGCCCACCCUCCGGCAGCUCAUCAGCUCGGCCGGGGCCCGCCGAAACGUCAACUGGGACCAGGUGUACCAGGAGGUCAGCCGCAAGAAGCAGGAGCAGGAGAAGGGCAUGCCCAGGUUUGGAAUUGAGAUGGUGACGUCGGUGCCCUUUGACCCGGAAGGCCUCGAUGAGGGGGCGGAGGAUCUGUCGGAGGGGUACCACUGGGCCUCCAUAUGUGAGCCUCUCUCCGCUGUCCCGGGGGCGGGCCCACGCAAGCGCAGCCUAUCGGAGAGCAGCGUGGUGGGCGACCGCACCUCCAGCGCCCUCUCCCUGUUCGCGUCGCCCGCUCCGCCCAGGGACCGUCCCGACGGGCCCCAGGGCGUCGCCUCGCGCACUCCCGGGACGGGCGCUGCGGACGCCGAGAAGGGGGCGGAGCCGGGGGAAGCGAUAGCCGGAUCCGUGGAGGGGGACAGCAGCUGCACCUCGGAGGCGGAGCUGAACGACGCUCAGGGCCUGGGGAAGAAACGCAGAGCCGCAGGGGAAAUUCCAUCUCCAGAAAUUCCCAGUUUGGAGCGGAAGAAUAAACGGAUGAAAGUUAAAUGUAAAAAAGAGCGCUCGCAGGUGGACCAGCUGCUGGCGGUGUCGCUGCGGGAGGAGGAGCUGAGCAGCUCGCUGCAGGCCGUGGACAGCAGCCUGAUCCAGGCCCGCGCCGCCCUGCAGGCCGCCUACAUGGAGGUGCAGCGGCUGCUGGUCGUCAAGCAGCAGGUUACCAUGGAGAUGAGCACGCUGAGGUCCCAGCGCAUCGAGAUCCUGCAAGGCAUGCAAGAUGGUUACAGUGGCUCCGCCCCCCCAGGAGAGAAGAACAGCAGCAUGGAUACCGCUGCAGCCGCCAACCCUGCCCCUGCCCCCGCCCCUGCCGCUGUCCCCUUCGUUGCCCCCUCCACCUCCGCUCUGCUCAGCCCCUUUUCCCCAAACAUCCCGGCGUUCCCCCCCGGCCAGUCCUCCCCAGCCUUACUGCCCCCUGUCCUGCAGCACGCUGCCCCGCCCGCCUCUCUGUCCCCCGCCUAUCCCGCCCCGGCCCCCCCGCACAUCAAGCAGGAGCCCACGUCCCCGAGCCAGAGAAGCUCCCCUGCAGAAAACGCCCACAGCGCCCCCUAUGGGACGGCACCAGAACCUCCACUCACCUCCUCUCUCACAGAGCCCGCCCAGCCCAGAUCCUCCAUGUUCCAGUCGCUAAGUGAGCCGCGCCGCGCUAGCGUUAGCUCUCUGGACAGCGGGACCGUGUCCACGGAGAGCAGGCUGGACCGUGUGAGGGAGCCCUGCUGCCCCCCGCAGGAGAGGGGCGUGCUGGCGUCCCGAGCUGGCUCUUUCACCGUCCCGGAGAAGCCCGGCGCCCCCCUGUCCCGACGGCGGGACUCCCAGACCGGGGCCGCGGACCGCACCGAGCCCCCCACCGAAACCUCCACCACGGGCGGGACGUUCCCCCCGCCCCCCGCCGAGCCGGCCGUCCCGGCCCCGCCCUCCCCCGCCCAAACCGAGCCCAGGGCCGGGAAGCGGGUGAGGAAGCUGAAGAAGAAGAGGGCGCUGAGGAAGAGCCCCGGGGCGGAGCAGCCCGAGAACAGUGACACGGAGCAGGACGGCGACGUCUCCUCCCGCCCCGUCCGCAGGAUCAGGUGCAAGAGGAAGGCCAAGGGGGCGGAGCAGGUCAGCACCUCCACCCCGGCCGGGGCGGGGCAGGCGCAGCCGCAGGAGGAGGAGGUGGAGGAGGAGCCCCGGGAGACCCCGCCCCCGAAGCCCGCGGCGGAGCAGGGAGGGGCCGACAGCGACGACUCCUCCUCCCUGGAGAUGGUGGAGCUCCCCCAGCCCGGGCCCCUCGAGGUGGUUGCCAUCGACGACUCGUCCGACGACGAGACCCGGCCGGUUGCCGCGGAAACGGCCGAGGCCCCCCCGGCCCCGGACGCUUUGAAGGCGGAGGCCCCGAACCUGGCCUGCGACGAGGUCAGCUCCACCAGCGAGCUGGACACCACCGCCAGAACCAAGGCCUGCGCCAGCCAAACCCAGCCACCCCCGACCACUGUGAGAAAAGCUGAGGUGAACUCAGACGUGGCCUCGGAGGCUGGGGAGGAGGAGGAGCCCUCGGAGGGCUCGUUUGAGGGGCACCAGGCGGCUGUGAACUCCCUGCAGAUCCACGGCGGGCAGCUCUUCACCUGCUCGGGCGACCGCACCGUGCGAGCCUUCCACCUGGCGAGCCGGAAGUGCGUGGCGGUCUUCGAGGGCCACAGCUCCAAGGUGAACUGCCUGCUGGUGUCCAGCGGGCCGGGCCUGCAGCAUCGGCUCUACUCCGGCUCCAGCGACAAGACCAUCCGCUGCUACAGCCUCAAGACUCAGGAGUGUGUGGAGCAGAUGUCUGUGCCGGACCGGGUCCUGUGCCUGCACAGCCGCUGGAAGGUUCUGUACGCUGGCCUCGCCAACGGCAACGUGGUCAGCUUCAGCCUGAGGAGUAACCGGCAGCUGGACGUGUUCGAGUGCCACGGGCCGCGGGCAGUCAGCUGUCUGGUGUCGGCGCAGGAGGGAGCGCGGCGCCUCCUGCUGGUCGGGUCCUACGACUGCACCAUCAGCGUGCGGGACGCCAAGAACGGCCUACUGCUGCGCACCCUGGAGGGGCACACCAAAACCGUGCUCUGCAUGAAGGUGGUGAAUGACCUGGUCUUCAGUGGGUCCAGCGACCAGUCGGUCCAAGCGCACAACAUCCACACGGGGGAGCUGGUGCGCAUCUAUAAGGGCCACAGCCACGCGGUUACCGUGGUAGCCAUCCUGGGGAAGGUGAUGGUGACGGCGUGUCUGGACAAGCUGGUGCGCGUCUAUGAGCUGAAGUCCCACGACCGGCUGCAGGUGUACGGCGGACACAAGGACAUGGUGAUGUGCAUGGCCAUCCACAAGAGCAUGAUCUACACCGGCUGCUACGACGGAAGCGUGCAGGCCGUCAGACUGAACCUGAUCCAGAACUACCGCUGCUGGUGGCACGGCUGCUCGCUGAUCUUCGGCGUGCGGGAGCACCUGCAGCAGCACGUGCUCAGUGACCACGCCAGCCCCAGCUUCCAGACGCUCAAGUGCCGCUGGAGGAACUGCGACGCUUUCUUCACCGUGCGCAACAACACCCACGAGGACGUCCCCCUGCACAUGCAGAGCCACGUGGAGGCCGACAGCAAGCUGGAGCCCUGACCAGCAGGGGGCGCCUCUCUGCCGCCCCAUAUUGGGAAGACCUCACGCGAAAAAACCCCACCAGGUGCUUCACAUCUGUGACCGUGGGGGCCUGGUCUUCAAAGCUUCAGGCGGCAGAUUUGACGGGAGAAACUCCGUUUCUGCCCUUAUAUGGCGCUUUGGAAAACCCCUCCCACCGUCACAGAUGGACAGUACUGUGGAUGUUUACUGGACUCGCCUACGGUGUCCAGGUUGAACCAAUCACUUCUUUACAUCUAGCUCCUCCCUCUCCACUUAUCCAAUCCUUACCCUUCCCGCCUGAACCUUGGAACUUGGAGAGGGGGCGAGGAGAGAGUGAGAGAGUGGGCGGAGCUACUAUUAAGGGGAGGGGCCAAGUGGCAGGUAUUCUGCCAGACAGGUAUGGUGGGGUGGGACUUGUUUUGCCUUGUUUUGCCCUGCUCUGCUCUGUUGUACCGCCCUGGCGUGAUCUCGCCCUGCCCACCCUUGCCCAGAUUGACAGACGGACGGACGGGUCGAUGAUGGUGCUAACGUUAGCGUAGUCCCAUGGGAAAGCUAUGGCUCCUUAUUUUACCUGUUAGCAGCGGGAGGACGGGGCAGGCUCGAUCCCCUGGGCUCUCUCUGCAGUGGGGAAGGAAAGAGCCUGUUGCUGUCCCCCCUCUGCUCAUUUGUUCUGUCUGUAAUCAUGCUGUCGCAGCGUUGAGUUAUAAAUCCAUAGACCAAAUACAUUCACUCAAUCACGUGCUUUC